CACUGUAAUAGGUAUUAAGAUCUUGCGCCAUUAAUGAGACCACUGAUAGAAUUCUAACACUUGUGCUAUUAGUAAUGGACUCGGACGGACGGGUGGAAGUGAAACCGUGUCAUCUUCUUUGACCCAAUUGCGAUAUUGAUCGAGAAAAGUUCUCUUCUUUCCUUUCCUUUGCUUUGCCCGAAACCUCUUUAAAGAACCCAAUUGAAUUCACCUUAAUCCCCUUCGUAGGAUCCGUCCCCUGAAAUCCACAGCGACCAAACAGAUCAAGGGAAGCUGAUGAACGGAGAUUAGACAAGAGAUUUGAUGGCGAUGGUUGAUGAGAAAGAUAAAAAGGGUUGGGGUUUAUUGAAGCUGCGAUUCAGAAACGCCGGCGGCGGUGGCAGCGGUGGCGGCCGUGCUUCGGUGGUUUCAUCUCACCACCAUAAUCAACAGGGUAGCUCUCAUUUCGAAGGAUCGAACUCGCAAGGAAGUUCUUCUAACUCGGUAUCUUCCGUCGCCAAAUCUCUUCUUCCCAAACGUCGUCGUCUCAGUUUGGAUCCGGCUAAUAAGCUCUACUUUCCAUAUGAACCUGGGAAGCAAGUUCAAAGUGCAAUUAGGAUUAAAAACACUAGCAAAUCACAUGUUGCAUUCAAGUUUCAAACAACUGCACCUAAAAGUUGUUUCAUGCGUCCACCCGGAGCAAUUCUUGUUCCUGGAGAGAGUCUAAUCGCUACUGUGUUCAAAUUUGUUGAGCCUCCUGAAAACAAUGAAAAACCAGUUGGUCAGAAGAGUAAGGUGAAGUUUAAGAUAAUGUCUUUAAAGGUGAAAGGAGGAGCAAUGGAUUAUGCACCUGAACUUUUUGAUGAACAUAAGGAUGACGUCGCGGUUGAGCAAAUUCUUCGAGUUAUUUUCCUAGACCCUGAGCGGCCUAAUCCUGCUAUGGAAAAACUGAAACGGCAGUUGGCAGAUGCUGAGGCAGAGCUAGAAACGCGAAAGAAGCCACCAGAAGAUACAGGUCCUAAGAUUAUUGGAGAAGGGCUGGUAAUAGAUGAAUGGAAAGAACGAAGGGAACGGUAUCUUGCGAAACAACAGGUGGUCGAAGGAGUAGUAGAUUCCGUUUAAGUACAAGGUUUGUUUGUUUGUUUGUUUGCUGUAUGUUUGUCUAACUUAAUGGAUGAUUCAUUUGUACUCUUCAUCGUUUGAAGUAAAAAUCCAAGGAUGUCCCAAUUCAAAUAGUUUGAAACUUCUAUUCUCUACUGUAAAAGAGGAAAAAUUGAGUUUUUUUUUUGUUAAAAUAUUUAUUUUGAUGGUUGUACAAUGUGGUACAUUAUUGGUUUGUUGGUCAAAAUUGGAUUUUCAUUACACCAUUUA